GCCCGGUAGAGGGCAGGAUUCUACUUGCCUGCGUUGAUGGAUGCGCACUGACAAUGAGUGUAUAUAUAUUAUAGGUUAAGGCAAAGUUGUGGUAAAAGAAAAAUUAGAAGUACCUUUAAUUGUUGAACUUCGCGCAAUUAUCUCUUCUAUCUUGAUUGAAGCAAAAAGUUUUAACAAUGACAACACCUAUGUGUGAGGAUGGUGGACCAUUAAGGGAAUGGGCACCACUUGCUGUCCUCUUGCAACAAAUACCUGCCAAAAUACAAAAUGGUAUUUUUACACAAGAUAUUAAUUUUACCUGUAUUGCUGCCCUCACCGAAUUUAUCGCCAUUGGAACUAAUCAUGGACUUGUCUACUGGUAUAAUAGAGAAAAGCAGGAUUUGCAAAGACUACGUUGCGAGAAUGUAAAUUCCAAAAUCACAUGCAUACAAGUGAUAUCUACAGUUGAUUAUAUGGUUGCUGCUGGCAAUGAACAUGGUGUUGUCACAGUUUUUCAAAUUCCCAAGAAUGCACCUGAUUCAUUGCCAGAAAGUUUAAAACCAAAACAGAAAAAACAGGUGGAAAGAUAUAGCAUAAGUGGUUUACACAAUACUGCAGUGACAGCAGUAGAGUGGUCUAAGAAUGGUAUGAAAUUAUUCAGUGGAGAUAAAGAUGGUUUAGUUGUCUUAACAGAAAUUGAUUUUUAUAUGCAUUUAUCGAAAUCAUCAAAGUUAUUAAAUGAGAAAUAUUCUGUGGUACAAUUAAGCUAUCAACAAGGUUUGCUACUAGUUUCAACUAUAUUACGCACAAUUUUGGUGAAUAGAAAUGAAAACGGGAAGGUAACGCAAGUUGGCCAGAAAGAACGUAAAACACUAGGUAAACUGGGCGCAGUAUUUGGUUCUCGACAAAAUUAUGUACAAGAAUCAGUAAUUUAUGCAAGUAGACCAGGAUUGCGUUUAUGGCAAGCUGAUAAGAUGGGGACUGUAUUAAAGACACUUAUAUUUAAGGAUGCAGUUAGAUCAGGUCAUACAGAAGUGGAAUUAUUAAAUCCUGCACCUGAAGGCUCGAGAAAAAAUCGCGGUGAACCUUCCUUCGGCAUUGUAUUGCCAUUUUGUGAUGAUUUAUUAGUAACAUAUUGUGAUGAUGUAGUCUAUGUAGUAAAUCCAAAUACCAUUGCAAUAACAUCGAUUGUAAAUGACUUACGGCGUGUUACCGAUGUGGCUUGCACGAAGGACGAAAUAUUUAUAUUGGAAGGAGAAAGAAAUAUUUUGCGUAUUGCCUAUUAUCCUGAAAAUAAUAUUACAUCUGAAGAAAUGAGCAACACACUGGAUCCUUUAUUGUCAUUUGCUGAAUAUAGUAAACCUGUUGCUAGUAGUAUAUUAGGAUUAACUUCAAAAUUAAAAGAAAGUAAUAUAGUACCGACUAUUGUCUUUCCCAAAAUCAAUCCAACCAACAUUAUUCAAUCUGUAGGAAUUUUACCAACUGUUACUGUUGGUACCGAUGCCAAUGUAAUUGCAAAUGCGGAAGAAGCUGUGGAAAUACCUCCAAUAGUUCCAAUAGAUUUAAAUACUACGCUCAUAACUGAUAUUAACAAAAUACCAGAGCACAGCGAUACCAGUAAAAAACAAAAUACAGAAGAUAAGAACAGUGAUCGUCGAGAGAUAUUCCAAAAAAUUGGCCAACAGGCAUUCGAGGACGUUGUUUUCACGCCUGAAAGAAAACAGAAAAACUCUCGGAGUAAAGUAAUUAACGGCAGCGAGAGUGUCACAUCGCCACAUGACACUAAUCAUUUGUCGAGUAGCUUAACUAUUGAUCAUGUAAAUACUAACAAGACAACGACAACUUAUUCCUCUUUAAUGCAACUGAGUCUUGAGGAUGAUUUUAUAUUGAAAUCCGAUCGAGAUUUAGAAACAAUUCAACGAGACGUAGAAGAUAAGGAGAAAUUGUUAGCAGAUGUUCUUGAUUUUGACUUGUCCAAGUAUAUGACGAGUAGUCGAAUAAACAAAGAUGAUUCAAGUAUAUCUAAUCAUAUCGAUACCAUAACAUGUAUCGAUUGUAAUGUACACUCCAACACUGAAGCAAUGAACGAAGAACAGGAUGCGAACCAGGAAAAUGAGAAUAUUGAAGUGAGUGAUCAUACAGGAACAGAGUCGGGGGAGGAAGAUGUCAGCUAUCACACCGAACUAAAACGACUGGAAGAUCUCGGAGAAUGUAGAAAGACUCUUUUACAAAAUAAGCUGGACGAUAUUCCACAUAUUAAUUUUGAUCUUCGACAAGUACCGUCGAUGCGGGACGAACUAGAACAUCAAUUUAAUGCUUUGGCAAAGGAAUGUGCCACAUCCGUUAUUCUCGAGGAAGAAGAUUGGGUUUUAGUCAAAGAUGAUAUACCUUCAAUCACAAUGUUUUAAACAAGAGUUGCUUCACAUCUUAUAUAAACAUAAGUAUAUACAUCAUUGUUAAAAAGUAAUAAAUAAUUAUGUGAUGCAUGAUAGCAGCAAUUAGGAAUUUUCAUAUAUACAUUUUUUUAUAUGUCUUAUUAGUAAAAAGAUAGAACUUUUUUGAACUAUUAUCAUUGACGAAUUGUAAAUUAUUAUAUUGCACAA